GAGUGAUUGUAGGAGAGUUUAAAAAAAAGAUCUUUCAAUCAUUCUAAUAAUUAAUUUAAUGAAUUAACAACAAGAAAUAAGUGCAAAAGAAAAUAGUGCAGAUUUUUCAACUACAUAAUAAGAGUGCAGAAAUGGAAAUGCUACAGAACAUCAAUUAUCAAAAAAAGAAUAAUUUCUGCUUAAAUGCACUAAACAUUAAGACAUAAUGAUUUAUAAAAAGAGAUAUCAAAUUGGUGAUAGUGUAUUAAUAAAAACAACUAAUCAAAUUGAAUAGAUUGGUUUGAUAUUAAACUUUUAUGGUUAUCAAUAAGAUGAUAAGACAAUAGUUCCUUUGGUUGAAGUUUAAUGGUAAUUUUAAAUAGUUUAAUUUUAAGGUAUUGUACUUAUUAAGAUCUUGCAGAUUCAAUCGAUAAAGAUUCCUUUUCUGAAUGUGAAUUGUUCUUAACUGAACAAAGUACUAUUUUAUUUAUCGAUUGCAUCUAAGCAAAAUGCUUUGUAAUGAAUAUUGAUGAAUUUGAAAACACUGGAACUUCAAAUGCUUAUUUUACAAGGGCAAAAUACAACACUUUAACUAAACAAUUAGAACCUCCCAUUUCUUAAUGGAAAAAAGUUUGUAUUUGUGAAUAGCCCUAAAAUCCUGUAAAAAAUUUUAUUUUUAUUAUUAUCAAGGAUUUAUUAUAUAUUUAAUGUGAUCAAUGUAAUAAAUGGUUUCAUUUAUCAUGUAUGGGAUUAACAUAAGAGCAAGCCAAUUAAAUGGAAUAAUAUAGUUGUAAAAUUUGUAAAAAAUGAG